AUGGUGAUAGCAAGAAAUAAGAAAUUAAAACCACAAAUGACGGCUACUGUAAAGAAUAUGGACUAUACAUGGACAGCUGGGUCAGAGGCCCCAACCAACAACCAGGAUGUGGGUGUCCCUCGGGCGGUUUUUAUUCCCCACACGAACUCGCUACCAUUUGAAGAAAGGCGAGUCACACUAGAGGAACCAGUAAAGAUCGGAAGAUAUGUGUAUCGUGGUUCGCCUUGCCAGACAAAUACAAUAUUCGACUGUCGAGUGCUCUCUCGUCACCAUGCGACACUCUACUACGAUAAAGGACAUUUUUAUCUUGUGGACAAUCAGAGCAGUAAUGGAACGUACAUCAACAACAACAGAUGCUCAGUGGUUAAAGACCCGCAUGAGGUAUUUUCAGGAGAUGUGGUUCAAUUUGGUAUACCGGUGGUUGAAAAUACUGCUAACUCGGAGAAGAACACAUUUCCUCCGGUGGUAGCGAUGCUGAUGCUUUAUCACCCAGAUGGCACAGAGGCGAAGCUCCACCUCAAUGAAUUAUAUCAACUCAAUAAUUAUGUUCAAGAAGCAAUACAACGCGAAGCAUCACUCGAGAGUCGUCUGCGUACGUUACGCGAGUGCGUGGAACGUACACGGGCCGAAGCGCAGGCCGCUUGGGAGCUCUUCGUGGGUGAGCAGCGCCUGCUCAUGCGAGUGCAUACGCUGGAGUCCAUGCUCGCGGCAGGCAAACACCCCGAUACACAGCAUGUUGCUCAAUUGCUCACUGAUAAGAAGAACUAUCAGGAAGUGGCGUUAGAAAGUCUAAGAACAGCCCAUGAGCAGAGAUUAGCGCUGGAAGAAAGUCUCGAAAGGCGCAGUAGAGAAGCGGCCGCGCUGCAGAAACACAACUGCUCUUUGCGAUUGGCUGCUAAUAACGCACUUGCUGAAUUACAGAAACUCGCAGCCCGAUGUGAUCGCAAGAUGUGUGCAGCGCGACUCGCGAUAUCAACAGCUGAGGAAAGAGAAAACACGCUUCGGAAACGAUUGCCACUCAGCUAUUCCCUUCAAAACGGCGAAGCCAAAAUGCUAGUUCUGAGUACGGAUAGCAAUAAGCUUCAAGAUAAGCUCGCCACUUCGCUGGAAGACGCCGUGCGAGCAUUGCCGGAUUAUAUCAAGCUUCUACUACCACAUCCGCUUCUUAACAAGGUGGGAAUAAAGGUGAUAGCGGCGGAAUGCAAAACUGGGAAAGAUGUUGAUUUAAUAUUAAAGAAAAAUGACUUUAACAAUACUGAAAAUAAUGAAAAACAACAAGAGGAAGAAAGUGUGAGCUCGAGUGGAGAGAAAUCAUCGGAGUCCAAUUCUGGUAGUGAUGAAGAAAAGUCGCGGAUUAAUAAUGAUAUAGACAAUGAGAAGGCAAAACUUUCAGAUGAUGAACCAGCUGAGACGGUUGCUGCCGACGGAGAGCUUCGGCCGGACAACAACGCAAACUCCACAUUCAGCGAUGGUGAUGGAAAGGAGGAGUCGCCCAGCAAAGCGGGGGUCGAGUACGCGAAUAUACUCCGCGUGAUGGGAGGCCUUAAUGAAGAGAUUAAGGCGCUGCGAGAGCGUCUAGCAGCGAGCACGGCGGAGAACGAACAAUUGCGGAACAUUCGAGAUGAUUUGCUCGCAACCACUGAAGCUGCUGACCCUCCGGAGACGCAUGACGCGGCUGCCUACCGCGCUACGAUUGCUGAUCUGCAGGCUCAGCUUACACGUUCAAACGUAGCGGAGGAAGCGAAUCUCGCAGAAAUCAAGCGUCUGGCGUCAAACGCCGCUGAAAUGCAAGCGGAACUUGCCUUCCGUCCCACACGUUCCGACAUCGACGAUCUGACCGCAGUAGUAGGGAACCUUCAAGCCGAGGUCCUAGAAAAGGACAAUUUGAUGAAACAGCUACAAGACAAGACUACCCUGGAUAAGACAACCGAAACUUCGAGAUCUCUCGAAGAAUUGAGACCCGAAAUAGACACGAAACAAAUAUCCGCCGAUAUAGACGAAUUGUUCAAGCUGGACUUCGACGAUGACGACACAGAUUCCGUCGCCACAGAAAUCAGCAACGAAAAGAGCGUUUCAAGCGAAUACGUGCGAAUCGACGAUGAGCAACGCCUACAUGUUACGAUGCAAAAUGGCAGUUUGCACGCGCUAGAGGAAGAGCUAGUGAGAGCCAAAGAGAGAUGGGAGGAGAUAUCCGCGGAGAAGGCGCGGUUGGCCGCUCAAUUGGCCACCUUACAGAAUAAGACCAUGCGUGUGGAUAUCACGCACCUGUUGGCGUUAACUGUGCCGAUAGUACUGGCGUGUGUGUUUUACGCUCUGUUGCCCUACAUCUCCUGA